UAUAAUUCGACCUCUUUGUAAAUGGUAAUCGCACAUACGUAUUGAGAUCAGCAGGACUUCUAAUUCCAUGGCCUUUCAAUCAGGAGCUUCUUCCUCUUCUUCACCCACUUCAUCUCCUCCCAUCCGUUCAUGUAAUCAUGAUGUAUUCUUGAGUUUUAGAGGUGAAGAUGUUCGUGGUAACUUUAUUUCCCAUCUAUACAAAGUUUUGGUUCAAAGGGGAAUCAAUACUUACAUUGAUAACAAUCUUGAAAGAGGAGAGGAGAUUUCACCGGUACUUUUCAAAGCUAUUGAAGAGUCAAUGAUUUCUAUUAUUGUACUCUCUAAAAACUAUGCAGAAUCUAGAUGGUGCUUAGACGAGUUAUUGAAGAUUCUUGAUUGCAAGGAAACAAAAAAACAAAUUGUUUUACCAAUUUUUUUUCAAGUAGAUCCAUCAGAAGUACGGCAUCAAAAUGGGAUUUUUGGAAAAUCCUUUGAUAAACUUGGAGAUAAGUUCAAGGAUAACGUAAAGAUGUUGAAAUGGAAGGAAGCUCUGGAAAAAGUAUCACAUAUCUCUGGUUUCUCGUCAGCAAAAUUCGGGAACGAAUCUGAAUGUAUUGAGAAGAUUGUUCAAGAAGUCUCAAGCAAACUACCAAAUCGUACAUGCUUGCAUGUUGCGAAUUAUCCGAUUGGGUUGGAGUCUCAUGUAGAAGGUAUUAAUAUGCUUUUAUGUAUUGAGUUUAUUAAUGAGACACGCAUGAUUGGGAUUUUCGGUACUGGAGGAAUUGGUAAGACAACUACUGCAAAAGAGGUGUAUAACUGCAUUGCUGAUCAGUUUGAAGGGAGUUGUUUUCUUGUCAAUGUUAGCGAAAAUUCAAAACCAGAUAAGGGCGGUCUCGUGAAGUUGCAAAAGAAAAUUCUUUCUGAUAUCCUAAGAGAUCCAAAGGUUGAGGUCGAUGAUGUUGAUCGAGGAAUCAAUAUGAUACAGGAGAAACUUUGCUGUAAAAAGGUUCUUUUGGUUCUUGACGAUAUUGAUUGUUUGGACCAGUUAGAAAAACUAAGUGGAAGAUCUGAUUGGUUUGGAUUGGGAAGUCGAAUCAUCAUAACAACAAGAGAUAAGCAUAUACUAGUGCAGCAUGAUGUUGGUAAUUGGAUAUAUCCUAUGAAUGAAAUGGAUGCUAAAGACGCUCUUAAGCUCUUUUCCUGGCAUGCCUUCAAGCGUGACCAACCGGAUAAUGAUUUCGUGGAACUCACAGAACUUGCACUGCAAUAUGCUGGUGGCCUUCCUCUCGCUUUGACUGUGGUAGGCUCAAAUCUGCGCGGAAGAGAUAUACCUUUUUGGAGAUGCGAAUUGGAAAAGUACCAAAGAAUUCCGCAUAAAAAGAUCUAUGAUAUACUCAAAAUAAGUUUCGAUGGAUUAGAUGAUUUUGAGAAAGAUAUUUUCCUCGACAUUGCAUGUUUCUUCAAAGGAGACAAGAGAGAAUAUGUCACUAAAAUACUGGACAGUUGUGGUUUCUUUGCCUAUGCCGGUAUAAAAAAUCUCAAUGAUAAAUGUCUCAUAACUAUUGAUGAACAUGACCGACUGAUGAUGCAUGACUUACUAGAAGAUAUGGGUAAAGAAAUUGUCCGACAAGAAUCACCCAAAGAACCUGGCAAGCGGAGUAGAUUAUGGUUUUAUGAAGAUGUUUUGGAAGUACUUGAAAAAAAUAAGGGAACAGAGCAAAUUGAAGGCAUAUUGAUAAAUCUGCUUUGGGAGGGCGGCGACAUUUAUGACGACUUGCCUUUGGAUUACUAUGGCAUUAUUAUACGUUUUGGUUCUGAGGUGUUUGCAAAAAUGGAAAGACUCAGAAUAUUAAUAGUUAAAAUGGACGAUCACAUGUUUCUCUCUUUUGAGCCAGAAUUGAAUUAUCUCUCUAAUGAGUUAAGAGUUCUUGAUUUGCCUAACUGCUCUUUGGAGUUUUUGCCAUCUUCUUUUCAUGGAGAGAAACUCAUCGUUUUCAAUAUCAGUGGUAAAAUUAGAGAUUUAGGCACAAGAUUGCAAUCUAAGAACUUAACAAGUAUGGAUCUCAGUUGCUGUUACAACUUGACAAAUAUAUCGGAUCUUUCAAGUUGCUCAAAUCUACAGAAGUUGAUUCUUAGUGGAUGUGGAAGUUUAGUUGAGGUUCAUGAUUCUGUUGGAUUUUUGAAUAAGCUUGUUGAAUUGGAUUUUAUUAAUUGUUUCAACUUAAAGAAGUUGCCAAGAAGCUUCAAGUUGAGAUGUUUAGUAUUACUUCAACUUAGAGGUUGUAAAAGCCUUGAAUACUUUCCUGAGAUUGAGUGUAAAAUGGAACAUUUGAAGUGUGUCGAGAUAUCAAGCACCGUAAUACAAGAGCUACCUCCAUCCAUUACAAACCUCAUUGGGCUCAACAUGUUAUAUUUGCAAGGGUGCGAAAGCCUUGUGCAUCUUCCAAUAAAUAUUUUUCAAUUGGAACGUCUAAAGGAUGUUCAGAUCAAAGAUUGUCCAAAUUUUGUAAAUUUAGUAGCAGAGGUGGGGCAUAAUCGACAAUCCAUGCCAUGUACACAGCCUCCAAAAUCAAAUAAUUCACUUAGGACUUUAAAUCUAUCUGGUAGUGGUAUUGUUAGCCUUUCUCCAUGUAUCGAAGGAUUUGUUGGAUUGUCUAAACUUGAUUUGAGCUACUGCAGGCAACUUGAAGAAAUUCUACACCUUCCACCAAAUAUAGAAGAGGUACUUGCCAAAAGAUGUUCCAGCCUAAAGAAUUUCUUACCAGAAUCAAAUAAUUUAUUUCGGACAUAUAAUUUAUCAUCCAGUUUGAAGACUUUAAAUCUAUCUUUUAGUGGUAUUGUUAGCCUUUCUCCAUGUAUCGAAGGAUUUGUUGGAUUGUCUAAACUUAAUUUGAGUGACUGCAAGCAACUUGAAGAAAUUCUACACCUUCCACCAAAUAUAAAAGAGGUAGAUGUUAGAGGAUGCGUGUUAUUGGAACGCUUUCCUCAUGUAUCGACAGAAUGUUCAUUUGGUACACCCGACUUAAAACGGCUAACAAGGAUUAACUUAUCGGAAUGCAAUAAAGUGGAAGUGGAUGUAGGGAAUAAUGCGCCAGAUCCAUUAUUGGUUCAGGAACACUUUCGGGAGAAAGAUUCAUUUAGGAUUAUAUAUCCAGGAAGUAGGAUUCCAGAGUGGUUCAAGUAUUGCAAGGAGACUACUUCAUUUACUAAUUCUAUUGAAAUAGAAAUUGAUCAUAAUGCAUCCAUGUGUUUUGGGCAUCAAAUCGUGGCAUUAGUUUUGUGUUCUGUUGUGGGAUGUUACCCGAUGAGAUUUGACCAAAUUAUUAUCUCAAUAAACGGCCAGUCGAUGUUCAAUGAAUACAAUAAUGCUAUUUCAACGGACCCACAUUGUGUAUUGCUACAAUACAAAGUUGGAAGUUCUAUUGAUCGGGUAUUGUCAAGAAGUUACAGGAAGAACAAUAUGAGGUUUGAAUUUCGAACUAUCUCAAACAAUGCAAUCUUUAAAAGUGUUGGAGUCCAUCUAGUAUACGGGAAUUGAAAGAGAUACCGAGAUGAUGGUGAGCAUGACUUGGAACCCGAUUUGUUGUACCCACAACAGAAGCGGCAAUCUUCAACCAUGAGAAUUAUGGAAUUCAAUGAUGCUAAUGAUGAUUUAAUUAUUGAAGAUUGAAAUUUAGAACUUCGACUUGGCAAUUGAAGUUCAGAAAGGAAUCAAAGUUGCAGAAGGAAUCAAAGUUGGGAAAGAACUGUAACCAUAACAGACUUUAACGAGGAAAGGAUGUAAGAUAUGUCACUAAAAUACUGGAUAGUUAUGGCUUCUUUCCAAAUGCUGGUAUCGAAAAGCUUAUCGACAAAUGCCUCAUAGGUAUUGAUAAGUAUGACAGAUUGACCAUGCAUGACUUGUUGCAAGAUAUGGGUAGAGAAGUUGUUCGACAAGAGUCACCAAGAGAGCUUGGCAGACGUAGUAGGUUAUGGUUUCAUGAAGAUGUUCGUUAUGUACUUGAAGAAAAUACGGUUGGAGGAUUGCAGGCAACUUCAAGAAAUUGUAGAGCUUCCACCCAAUGUAGAAGAGGUAUAUGCUAAUGGAUGCAUCUCAUUGGAAAGGUUUCCCGAAGUAUCAAGAAAGUUUCUAUUCAAUACUUGCAACUUAAGGGCACUUUGAUGGAUUGAAUUGUUCAGAUGCUAUAAAAUGUUUGUGAAUAUAUGGAUUCAUGUGGCAAAUCUUUUAUUCGAUGAGGGACAUCUUAAUGACUAUUUUGGCGGCAUUAUAUUUCCGGGAAGUAUGAUUCCUGACUGGUUAAUCCAUUGUAAAGAGGCUUCAAAUACUCAAUCAUGUGAAAUAGAUAUUGAUGGGCUUCUAUAUUGGGGUGAGAUUAUAGGAAUUGUUGUGUAUGUUGCUGUUGGACCUAUUUUUGCGAUCUCUACAGAAACUCCCCUUCAUCUUCUUAAUGUUGACAUCACCUGUAACGGUGUAAGAAAGCUUUGUAAAGAAAGGAUACUUCACUCAUGGGGUUUAGAUCAUGAAUGGUUGGAGUACUCUGUUCUAGAACCUUUCCAGCUAAAAGGGAAAAGUCUAAAUGUUAGGUUUACUUAUUAUUCAAACUCAUUAUCCCUUAAACGUUGUGGAGUCCAGUUGGUGCAUAAGCAUGCAGAUAAUGCAAAGAUCAUUCAAAUGUGUUCUAUGAGCAUGAUUGCAACUUGGAAUCUAACUAUUAUCCACAACAGAAGAGGCGUUCUACAACCUUGGAUAUCAAAAAUUUGAACUUAGGAUACACAACUCGGAUUGCACAACAUGCUAACAUUUGCUCAGAAACAGACUACUUGGUCUUAGCCAACAUGAGGCUGUGAACGCUCAUCUAGACAGGUGGCACGACCUUCCUGGAUGGAAAUUCUGUUAUCGGAGAUGGAUUAUAGGAUGGAUGCACAUGUUGUUCCAGUAAGGAGACAGCUCGAAGAUAUUGCAUUUAGACUCAAGAACACAUAUUCAACUCCAAGAUCUGCAUAGUGCCUUAAAGGAAAAUGCACCAUAACCAGCAGAGGAUUGAUCCUACAAGGCUUGAUUCAUAUUCUAUUUCUACCUGCUAACUUUUCAUUAUGUUUGUAUUGUACAGUACUCCUUUUGAGCAUGUUUUUGUGUCUGUUAUGGAGCUAUUAUGGAGCCUUGAUUCACUUCUAAAGUGAUAUUUGGUCGAGCUA